CACAAAUGCGCCAGUGGCCCUAUGAGCACUUCUUGCACCGUCUGCCAUUAAUCUUUCGUUGACUAUGGUGGCGUCAGGCUCUCCCUGUGCCUCUCCAGUGCCGCAUCGCGACCCUCCCUAAGCGCCUGCUAUUUUCUACAUGCAGGCGCAUCUCCUUCCGGUAGCAGCAACAAGACAUGCCAGGUCUGCCGUCCAGCGUAGACCUUGACGAAUGCAUUUCUCGCUUGUACAAGAAGGAGCUCCUCGCCGACUCCGUAAUCGAAGCGAUAUGCGCCAAAACGAAAGAGCUGCUGAUGAAGGAGAGCAAUGUCGUACACAUCCAAGCGCCGGUCACUGUCGUUGGCGAUAUACACGGGCAGUUCUUUGACAUGAUAGAGAUCUUCAAGAUUGGCGGCUACUGUCCUGAUACGAACUAUUUGUUUCUGGGCGACUAUGUUGAUCGAGGUCUCUUCAGUAUCGAGACCAUAUCGCUCCUCGUAUGCUUGAAGCUACGGUAUCCGUCUCGAGUCCACCUUAUCCGCGGCAACCACGAGUCUCGCGGCGUCACGCAGUCGUACGGCUUCUACACCGAAUGCUCACGCAAAUAUGGUAACCCAGCCGUCUGGCACUACUUCACCGACAUGUUCGACUAUCUCUCCCUCAGCUGUGUCAUAGAUGAUAAGAUCUUCUGCGUCCACGGCGGGCUAAGUCCGAGCAUCCACAGCAUUGAUCAGAUCAAAAUCAUUGACCGCUUCAGAGAGAUACCACAUGAAGGUCCGAUGGCGGAUUUGGUGUGGAGCGAUCCAGAUGGCGAACGGGACGAGUUUAGUCUGAGUCCACGUGGGGCAGGAUACACCUUCGGCGCACAGGUGGUGAAGAAGUUCCUUGAGGUGAACAGCAUGACGCACAUUCUACGAGCGCAUCAACUUUGCAAUGAGGGUUACAUGGUCAUGUUCGAUGAUCGGCUUUCGACGGUCUGGAGCGCCCCGAAUUAUUGCUACCGUUGCGGUAAUCUGGCCAGCGUCCUUGAGGUUGGACCGGGCGGCGAGCGAAAGUGGAACGUCUUUGAUGCAGCGCCAGAAAACGAGGCACAUCGUCUAGAGCAGCAACAGCAGCAGCAACAUGCGGGCAGCGAUCCGGUGCGAGACUAUUUUCUAUAGAUGCAUGGUGACGGGGCAAACUGUCAGCAUUUCCGGUGUUAAGGAGUUCAGGACGCAUCGAUGAUACCCGCCGACUAGGUGAGCAAUUUUGUAGCGCAACGAACAGUACUCUGUAGUAUAAACCCAUCGAAACAUUGCAUUGAGCCCUCGAACCCUCGAGGUCAAGGCGCCU